CAGGUUGCGUAGCGCAGGAAGGCGACCCCUUCCCCUCAUGGAAAAGUCCGGAGAUUUGUACGGCAAUCUAUACGUUAAUGUCUGUUUCGGAUUCUGAUAGACAUCUCAGUCCCCGACACAGUGGUUCGGGUGGGGCUCGGGACUCUGGGGGCAAGUCAGAUUAGGCCUCGGAGAGGUGGGGUGAGGCCCAGUCAUUAAGGGUCCCUAAACCCCACCCCCACCCCGCGAAGGGAACAGAGGCCGAAGCACAAGUUGUGACAGCAUCAUGUUUUCAUUUGUCCUUACCUCGCCCUAUUUUAUUUGGGGUUAUUCUUCCGUCAGCCCUAGGAAGUAGACUAUGGCCAGGGUCAUUUUUCUCACGGGGCAGACUGAGGAAGCAAGGUCGGGGUCAUAAAGUAAAUCUGUAGCCACACCUCCAGGCAGCUGGAACUGCACUUACCUGACUGCAGACUAAAACUUGACGUGAUUUUGCUCCAAAGCUAUGUAUGGCUGUUAGACCAAAACAUCCAUAAAUCAGGCCAACCAAAGGAAAUAGGACAGAGGACGCAUGCUCCACUGCUGAAUCAGGAAGCGAAAACAGACAACAAUCAAAACAAACAAUACCAAAUUUGAGAACUAUAGUAUCUGAACCUUUGACCUGAGACAAAGUUCUGAAACAUCGUGAAGCAAACCAUUCUUGGAACACUGAAUCUGUGAUUUAGGGAAUUUAGCUCCCAGGUCAUAGCUUUAUGAGUAAAGUGGAAGAAGAUGGUUGAAUUCCACUGAAUACUGAGAGGAGGCUACAGAGCAUCGAACAGCAGGAAGAGCUGUUACCACUGUUGCCACUGGCCCUAGCCUCUGGGUUCACAGUCCAGCCAUUCUCUCUGCGGAGCUGACAUAAAGCGACCAACCAGCAAGAGAAGGAUUCCGAGAAUGGCAUGUCCAGAAUAAGACCCACAUAAAGAGAAAACAUGGAGUGGAGCCAGAGGCACAGCCAAUAUAUAACAUGAUGAGAGAUAAACCUUUGUGUGGUGAAGUCUGGAGCAGGAUUCUGAGGCUUUCUGUCCUCCAUGCCGCUCACCAGAAAAGGGACUGUGAACUGUGCUCUGGCACCAGGUGACAGGAAGAAUUUCUGGCCCAGCUGGGAGUGAGAAGAGGGAGUGAGUCUCCUGAGGGCCAUCCUCGAGUCUGCCAGGAUCACCCGAACAAUCCUCGAUGUGAAUCAAUCCCAUGAUGCAACAUGCCUCCCCAGCCCCCGCUCUGACGAUGAUGGCCACGCAGAAUGUCCCUCCCCCACCCUACCAGGACAGCCCGCAGAUGACAGCAACUGCUCAGGCACCCUCUAAGACCCAGGCUGUCCACAUCUCCGCACCCUCAGCUGCUGCCAGCACGCCUGUGCCCAGUGCCCCCAUUGACCCCCAGGCCCAGCUGGAGGCUGACAAGCGAGCUGUGUACAGGCACCCUCUUUUCCCGCUCCUGACGCUGCUGUUUGAGAAAUGUGAGCAGGCCACCCAGGGCUCUGAGUGCAUCACCUCCGCCAGCUUUGAUGUGGACAUCGAGAACUUUGUCCACCAGCAGGAGCAGGAGCACAAAGCCUUCUUCAGCGAUGACCCAGAACUGGACAAUCUGAUGGUGAAGGCAAUCCAGGUCCUGAGAAUUCACCUGCUGGAAUUGGAGAAAGUCAAUGAACUCUGCAAGGACUUUUGUAACCGAUACAUCACCUGCCUCAAAACCAAGAUGCACAGUGAUAACCUGCUCAGGAAUGACCUCGGGGGACCCUACUCCCCCAACCAGCCCUCCAUAAACCUUCACUCACAGGACCUCCUGCAGAAUUCCCCCAAUUCCAUGUCUGGAGUCUCCAAUAACCCCCAGGGGAUUGUGGUUCCAGCCUCAGCGCUCCAGCAGGGCAACAUCGCCAUGACAACCGUCAACUCCCAAGUGGUGUCAGGUGGAGCCUUAUACCAGCCGGUUACCAUGGUAACCUCCCAGGGUCAGGUGGUCACCCAAGCAAUCCCCCAGGGAGCCAUCCAGAUCCAGAACACACAGGUUAACCUUGACCUCACCUCCCUCCUGGACAAUGAGGAUAAGAAGUCCAAGAACAAACGAGGAGUCUUGCCCAAGCAUGCCACCAAUAUAAUGCGUUCUUGGCUCUUCCAACAUCUCAUGCACCCCUACCCCACGGAGGAUGAGAAGAGGCAGAUCGCAGCCCAGACAAACCUUACGCUCCUGCAAGUAAAUAACUGGUUCAUCAAUGCCCGGAGGCGCAUCCUGCAGCCCAUGCUUGAUGCCAGCAACCCAGACCCUGCCCCGAAAGCCAAGAAGAUCAAAUCGCAGCACCGGCCCACCCAAAGAUUCUGGCCCAACUCCAUUGCUGCAGGGGUGCUGCAGCAACAGGGUGGUGCGCCAGGGACAAACCCCGAUGGCUCCAUUAACUUGGACAACCUGCAGUCCCUGUCCUCAGACAAUGCCACCAUGGCCAUGCAGCAGGCUAUGAUGGCCGCACACGAGGACUCAUUGGAUGGGACAGAAGAAGAGGAUGAGGAUGAGAUGGAAGAGGAGGAGGAAGAGGAGCUGGAGGAGGAGGCCGACGAGCUUCAGACGACAAAUGUCAGCGACCUGGGCUUGGAACACAGUGACUCCCUGGAGUAGUUGGCAGCCCAGCUGGCACUGGUCACCGAGCAGGAGAGGAGUGUCGUCGGGAGGGCUUCAGGGUGGGGGGAGGGGGGCAUGGGCAGGCAGCACCGAGGAAGUUGGGCCCUAGCUUCCCCAGAUCAGUAGCUUGAAGAAAUGCAGAGCAGACGCCUGCUCCUUCCCAAACCACCAAGCUUCAAUGAGUACCCCAGCCCCACUUCCCUAGAACUGCAGAGGACUCCGUUUGCGGGGCCGGUCAAGCAGCCCAUACGGAAAGGCGGGAGUGAGAGCUGGACUCACCAAAUCCCUGAGGACAGAUGGCACCCACGGCCCCCCCACUGAAGGACUUGAGUCGUUUACAAGCCCUGCACUGUGAGGCAGAUCGGUGCUGUUCAACAGAAUGAGCCUUGCCAGGGACACAGUUAGAAGGAAAGGGAGAGUCAAGGGCAUCUGGGUUCCACCCCCGGAAGGUUCUCAGCUCCUCUGAGAGACAUUCAAGGGCAGGAGGAGCCCAGACGCAUCACCAGUGGCUAGCAGAGUGGGAGGCCCUGAGGCCUGCCGACCACAGCUCCCUGGGGCUCCCGCUCAUUCCUCCAAGGACCUGUCUCAGGCACGGGCAAUCACAGACUUGGGAGAGAGGGUAGGAGCCACCACAGCCACCUUCUCUCUCUCUCUCUCCCCAAAAUGGAUGGUCAGCUGGCAGGCUCAGAUCGUAGGGGGUUGAGCGGAAUCCCUUCCCCUGGGUUGGCUCCAGGACCCAAGGAGAUGGCACAACCUGAGCUAGGAGCCAUAUCAAAGUGACUCUGGGGACCACAGCCAUCCCCAGGUGGUCACAGAGCUCAGCUCUCGUAACAACAGGACAGUGGUGUCUUAUCCCAGGUGUUCCAGCCCUCAGCCCCCCAUGGCUGUUGCCCUGCUCCCAGGCUGGCCUCACCAGCCCCAUUCUCUCUUCUUCAUUCUUCAGAGAAGACAGAAGAAACAUUGGAAAGAAGCAUCCAGUCCAAUGGGAAGCCAGGGGUUGGCGAAGGUGCUACAUCCCUCUUCCCAUCAAUAUCCGAAGUGUGGGCCAGGGCCCAGAGCCAGGCGGUGCCCCACCCCACACUCUCGCUGAUCUAGCCACCACCACGACGCACGGCGCUGGAGGCACCGGGGCUCCCUUGAGGAGGAGGCUUUCUACCACCUGCCCUAACUCACACCCUCCCACCCAACUUCCGGGCCCCCAUGAUUGGCACCCCUCCUCCCCUCCUGCUCCACCCCUUGGCUGUGAAUGAUGGGACUGGUCACACGUGUGUUUUCCAUUGGAUUUAAUUUAAUGGACUUGCAGUUUCAUUUGUAAAUUGUGCGUUGGCCACCUCCUUCAGUGGCAGGAUGCGAGUGGCUACCUGGCUCCACUUGAGGGGACCCCUCAGGGCCCUCUGGGGCUUCCCCUCCCCCUCCUGGUUGGGGUGGAGCAAAAGGAUGGUCGCUUUCCUGAGGUCUCCCUGAGAUGAAUGUAUUUCUCCCCCAAAAGAGCUGAUAUUUAAUGUUUUAAUAGGGAUUUUUGAAAAACAAAUAACCUUAUUUAUAAUCUGGGUGAUCCAAUCAUUUUUUUACUCCCUUUUGAUGCCAUAGGUAGAGGAAAGUCUAGCUUUUUUGGCGUGAGACUUUUGCAAUGUGCAGUGGGAUAAAAUACAUUUCCUUUUCUUCAUUUUUCUUGUUCUCUCUCUCUCUCUUAUUCUCUCUCUCUCUUUCUCUCUCUCUCUCUCACACACACACACACACACACACACCCUUUCACCUACCACUUUGGACAGCGACCUGCCCCGCACAGGCACACCCGCACACAUGUGCCCACACAUCCUCCUCCAGCCCCUCCACCUGCCUAAUGUUAUGCAACCUCCUUCUGAUGUAUCCACCAAACCAGUACUGAAUGUGGCCGAGAAGUUUUCAGUAAAUCUUAUUACCUACCAUAA